CCUAAACAGCAGGGCGGUCGCGACCUCGGCUCGCUCCGCGCCCACCUCUCCGGCCCGACGUGCGGGAGCACGUCGCUCGCGGCCCGGCUCGACGCGCGGCUCGAGACCGGCGACCAGGACACGCUGCUGACCUGUGGGCCGCGCGCCACGGGCAGGCCGAGGCGGCGCGGCUGCUGCUCGAAGCUGGCGCGAGCGUCGGGGUGACUGGCAGCAAGCAAGCUAAUCCACUGACGUUGCCUGUCAUGCUGUGCAGCAUUGCUCCGGCGAGCAGCAGCAGUAGGGCUCGCGCUGAGCCGCCGUGGCCACUCGUCGACAGCUGCGGCGGGGCGCCCGUGCCGAACGCGCCAGCCCUGGUCGAUGGAGCAACCGAGCUUCUCACCUGCCGCGUCAAGGGCUUCUAUCCCUUCCCAGAGAGCGAGGGCGGCGGCGGGCUCGCUCGCUGGCUAUUCCGGGACACGCACCAGGCGGUCGCGGUCCGCUCGAGGAGACGCUCUCCCGUCGCGUGCGAGAGCUCUUCGCUGCUCAUGGACUUUAUGACCCGCGGCGGAGCGGCGCACCCGGUGUGGUGGAGCGAGCCCGUGCAGUGGCACGUCCUCCUCGGCGGCGGCAUCGACGGCGAGGUGCGGCUACGUGCGAGCGGCUCCGCCCUCCCCGCUGGCUCCAAGCUGGCCGCCGUGCGCGACUUCGCGGCGGCGUACGACGAGCGCCCCCUCUCGCUCUACAGCGGCAACUGCCGCGUCUUUUGCGCGCGGGUGCGACGCGAGGUCGCGAGGCUCAACAACGCUGACCUCUCGCGGCCCGCGCGGCAAGCGGCGGAGGCCGCGGCAGACGCGCGGCUCGCCCUGUCCCUGCUGCACGCUGGCGCGCUCCCCGCCCUGUACCCGGCAGUCGCGCUCGCCCUUUGCUGGGAGGGCCUUUUGGGGGGCGGUGGCUCGUGAGGGCCUAGGCCUAGCCCCGACGCCAGUGCAGCGCCGAGGGCUGAAGCGCCGCGGCCCGGCGCCUGAGCCCUUGCGCCUGAGCCGCGAGCAGCACGCGCAGCAGUAAUACGUUACGUAGAGGCCUACCCAAGCUAGCUAGACGGUGGAGAGCAUUUGCUUACGUUUCAUGAGAAA